AUGUCGUCUAUUGAUAAAAAUCCUACUAAAUUUACUUUCAAAUACAUCAAAGACAACGUAUUUCCUUUCAUACAGGAUAAAGAAACUCAAGACUAUUUGAUGAAAUGGGGCAUGAAAGAUUACUUAAAUGCCCAGCUGUUUAUUUUUGACCAACCCUUCCAAUCUUAUGAACAUAAGACACUUCUGAAUGAUUUUAUGAGUGAUCCAGCUGUUUUUUCCAACUUACAAAUACGUACCUCCAAUUCCUGGACAAUUCUUGGCCAGAAAGCAGCUUCUAUUGAUUGGGAUGUUGUCCCAUGUACUGUCACGUCAUUGGAUUUUUUUGAUCGACUUGAAGAAAAUGGAAUUGUGACUGAAAGAAGCCAUAUACGUAAAUGCUUUGAUGACUUUUUUGAAGACUUCAUCAUUUCAGAUGAACUUAGAAAGAUGCUGCUGCUUGAAGAAAGUGACAAUUAUGAACUAUAUUCUGAAUCUGAGAGAGAAGAAUUUUUCUUCCGCAUAUUUAAACAUGUCUGCCUUGGUGGCCGUAUCUGCCAGUAUGAGGAUGAAAUCAAUCCAUAUCUACAUAUUGUCAAGAAAUUGUAUCGGGAUUUUGUCAGUGUCAUCAAAGAUCCUGAAACAAACGAGCUUAAAAUUGCAUCUUGUCUUUACAAGAUAACUGCUUAUGUAAACUGUAAUCCCUAUUUGUUUUUCCAUUUUCACAUUUUCUUUUUUUCUUUGACUUCUAAACCCUAUUUAUUUUCCCAUUUUCACAUUUCUUUGGCUAGUAACCCCUAUUUCUUUGUUUUUAUCUCUUUAUUUUUUGGACAGUGUACCUAUUUCUUUUCCCAUUGUCUUCUUUUCUUCAGUUUGUAUCUCUAUUAUUCAUUUUUUUAUUCUUCAGACUGUAACCCUUAUUUCUUUAUUCAUUCUCUUUACUCUUUGGACAGUGAACCUAUUUCAUUUUCCAUUGUCUUUUUUCUUUGGAGUCUUGUAACCCUAUUUCAUUAUUCCUUCUCUUUUUUUUCUUUGGCCUCUAACACACAUUUCUUUGUUCAUUCUCUUUAUCCUUUAGCCUAUAUUCCCCUAUUUGUUUUUUCUUUAGUCUGUAACCACUAUUUCUUUGUUCAUUCUCUUUAUUCUUUGGACAGUAUAUGUAUUUCUUUUUCCAUUGUUUUUUUUCUUUUGUCUGAAACACAUUUUAUUUGUUUAUUUUAUUUUGUUUAUUCUCUUUAUUCUUUGACCUGUAACCCUCAUUUCUUUCUUCAUUCUCUUUUUAUGUUUGCCUCUAACCCCUAUAUCUUUAUUUAUACUCUUUUUUUUCUUUGGCUUGUAACCCUUAUUUAUUUCUUCAUUCUCUUUGUUUUUUACCCUGUAAACUCUACUUCUUUCUUCAUUCUCUCUUGCCUUUGGCCUGUAACCCAUAUUUCUUUGUUCUUUCUCCUUAUCAUUUAG